AUGAGCCAGCACGAAUACAAGUUUCAUGUCGUCAUGACGUGUUCCGGCUGUUCGGGCGCCGUCUCUCGCGUGCUUGGCAAGCUUGACGGUGUCGACUCCUACGACGUCUCCCUCGAGAACCAAUCCGUCGUGGUGAAAGGCUCGGCACCGUUCGAAACCGUGCUGGAAAAAAUCAAAAAGACGGGCAAGGAGGUCAAGUCCAGUCAGGUCAUUCACUAG